AAUGUUGACGCGGCCGUUGAUCGUGUUGUGCAUGGCCGCCGUGGCCGCCUGCGUGGUGGUGCAGAAGGACAGCAAGGAGCAGCAACGGUCGGAAGGCACCGAGUCCAGGGUGGCGCAGCUUCAAUUCCCCGAAGAACACGUCCGACAACAACAUCAGGAGCAGUUUCAACAUGUCCUUGUGCCUCAACAACACCAACAUUUGCACCACCAGAUCGCUUCUGGGCAACUGAUUGGGCCCGGUGGAGGCGUCCCCCAUCACGGGGCGGUGGGGCCGCGCCACCCCCACCAAGAGGGGGUUGCCUAUCAGUAUGUACCGGUGCAGUACAUUCCUGUGCCCAUGCCUCACGUGCCCCAACACGAAAAACCGGCCGAGCAAUACCAGGUGCUUCAUCGGCCGCCUCCAGUCAAGGAGCCCCUUGUGCAAGAGCCGCCUCCACCACCCCAAUACGAGACUCAGUUCGUCCCUUCUCAUGGUUCGCGGCCAGGUUACGAGCCACCCGUGAAUCUGAUAGCAGCAGGUAGUCCGCAUGUGCACUUCCCUGAGGAGCCUGACCACCAUCACCGCCACCCUCACGAGGUCGCGCCCCACAGAGGAAACAGGGAGCACAAUCUGAAAAGGGUGCUUGUUCCUCUGGCCGGAAUCGCAUUGCUUGGCGCUGCCGCUGCCCUUGCAACCAACCCUAUCCUGCUGCAGCUUGGCGUUGUUUCAGACGUGUGGCGCUUUGCAGGCAAGCGGCGGCGCAGAGACGUGGCCGCCUUCGAACUGGGAGACUUGGCCGCCUUAGAGGACCUUGGCCCCCGAGCUGAUGAGGCAUCGCCUUUCAAAGAAGCCGCGGUCGGAUCAACCAGACUGAAGGAAAUCGCCGUCCUGCAGAAAUUCCUUCGAGAGCAAGACAAGUUGCCGCAAAGGUCACAGGGCAACGGCGACGCCCUUCUGUCAGCUUUGCUGUCCUGCUCAGGUCUCGCUGACCCCCGAAACCUAGGCUGUCUGCAACGCAUUGCCUGCGAGGCUUACGACCCGGCCACGGAACUGCCCGAACUUGAGAUGCAAGUGCUGAGGAUAGUGGUGCGUGAGAUGGCGAGCCAUCCUGCCAUUCCUAAGGAGCUGAGCAAGAAGGUGCGGCUGGCCGCCGCCACUGGCCGCAAGGGCAAGUGCGAACUGACCUACCGCUGCCCUCAGAAGGCGUGGGACCAAUGUGUCAAUCCAAAGUACUGAAACAAAUCGAUCCAAAAUUCAAAAUAAAGAAUUUCAUAAAAUUCAACUCCUUUCAUAAAGCAAUAUAUGAUAUUAUUUGCUUCGGAUAUGUAUUAUAUGUAAUUAUUAAAAAGGAAACUGUUAUUGUUAUCAUUAAAUCAAAUGUUUUUCUAUUAAAAAAAGCAUAUUUUUUAUACUUUCUUCAGAUGUUCAGAUAAUUAUUCCACACUUCAACGGGCCAUUAAAUUUCUUCAUCUUGAGCUUUGAGCUUGAAGUCAUUAUAUACAUACUGAAAUAAUAAUUUAGUAAAAGCCAAAAGUAGAAAUAUUAUGUGAUAUAACAAUUUGGACAA